CCCGCCCCGCCCCGGGGCCCAGGGAGCGGGGCCGCCUCGGAGCCCGGCCUCUCCUCGUUCCGUCCGUCCGUCCGUCCGCCCGUCCGCCCGCCUGCCGGUCUGCGGUGCCAGCCAGCGAGCGCCGGGCCUCGGCCGCGCCUUCCGCUGCUCGGCCUGAGGGAGCCCGCCGCCGCGGGGCCCGGCCCCAGCCUGCCGCGGGGCCCCCGGGAGGCAGCGCCAUGGCGGAGCAGACCUACUCCUGGGCCUAUUCCCUGGUGGAUUCCAGUCAAGUGUCUACAUUCCUGAUAUCCAUCCUCCUUAUUGUUUAUGGUAGUUUCAGGUCUCUUAAUAUGGACUUUGAAAAUCAAGAUAAGGAGAAGGACAGUAACAAUUCUUCUGGGUCUUUCAAUGGCAACAGCACCAAUAACAGUAUCCAAACCAUUGACUCCACCCAGGCUCUUUUCCUUCCCAUUGGGGCAUCUGUCUCUCUUCUAGUAAUGUUCUUCUUCUUUGAUUCAGUUCAAGUAGUUUUUACAAUAUGUACAGCAGUUCUUGCCACAAUAGCUUUUGCUUUUCUUCUUCUCCCGAUGUGCCAGUAUUUAACAAGACCCUGUUCGCCUCAGAACAAGAUUUCCUUCGGUUGCUGCGGCCGCUUCACUGCUGCUGAGCUGCUCUCGUUCUCCCUGUCUGUCAUGCUUGUCCUCAUCUGGGUUCUCACUGGCCAUUGGCUUCUCAUGGACGCUCUGGCCAUGGGUCUCUGUGUCGCCAUGAUCGCCUUCGUUCGCCUGCCGAGCCUCAAGGUCUCCUGCUUGCUUCUCUCAGGGCUUCUCAUCUAUGAUGUAUUUUGGGUGUUUUUCUCAGCCUACAUCUUCAAUAGCAAUGUCAUGGUGAAGGUGGCCACGCAGCCGGCUGACAAUCCCCUCGAUGUUCUGUCCCGGAAGCUCCACCUGGGACCCAAUGUUGGGCGAGAUGUUCCCCGCCUGUCUCUGCCUGGAAAAUUGGUCUUCCCAAGCUCCACAGGCAGUCACUUCUCCAUGCUGGGCAUUGGGGACAUUGUGAUGCCUGGCCUCCUGCUGUGCUUUGUCCUCCGCUAUGACAACUACAAAAAGCAAGCCAGUGGCGACUCCUGUGGCCCCUCCGGCCCAGCCAACAUCUCUGGGCGCAUGCAGAAGGUCUCCUACUUCCACUGCACCCUCAUCGGGUACUUCGUAGGUCUGCUCACUGCUACCGUGGCGUCUCGAAUCCACCGAGCUGCCCAACCUGCCCUCCUCUACCUGGUGCCAUUCACCUUAUUGCCGCUCCUCACCAUGGCCUAUUUAAAGGGUGACUUGCGGCGGAUGUGGUCUGAGCCGUUCCACUCCAAGUCCAGCAGCUCCCGGUUCCUGGAGGUAUGAUGGAUCCUCAGACGUGACCACAGUGGCCGUCGUCAUCCUUUCCUCACCUCGUGGUUUUGUUUCCUUUUGAAGCUGGCCUGGUACGGAGCGUACCUGCCCCGGGACUGCGUGUGCCUGGCGCGCAUCUGAAGGAGCCCGGCUGCAGGAGAGGGUGCCGAGGCAGCCCCCGCGGCGCGCCGCCUCCAUUUUUGUGGAUCUGCACUGACUGUAACCCUGCGGGGAGAUGGAGCUGUGACUCUAAAAGCUACGGACGGCGAGGAGUCGUUCUGGCGCUUUGGAACACUAAAAGGAUCAAAAAUGUUAGCAGAGGAAGCUUCUUCAGUGACCCUCCAAAACUCUGGGACCAGCGUCCCGUGGGGUUCAGCCUCCGAGAACCAAGACAGAAGCGCUUCUGUCUGAUACUCUUCUUUCCUUUUUUUGGAUUUAUUAAAUAUUUUCUGUGGUGUGAAGUGACUUAUUAAAUCCACAGACAUUGUGACUUCUUACAACACACACGUAAGGAUUUGUUGUAAUACGUUCAUGUCCACCCAGCGUCGUGUUGGCAGUGAACAAGGGCACGGUUUUUAUACAAACGUACAGAUACAUAUAUAUAUAUAUAUACACACACGUCUAUAUAGACACACACACGCGCGCGCAUAGAUAUAUACGAGUAAACAGAAGACAGCCUGCCAGGACGGUGCGGCGCGAGCCAGGCUGCUGGAACUCUGAGCAUGUAGAGCAGUCCGCGUGGCCUCCCCGUACGAGCUGCGUCUCCCCACAAGCAAGCGAACCUGUGGGCACCGCACCGCACCCGGACUGGUGGACUCGUGGGCUGCAGGGGACUUGUACUCUGAGCAGUGUAGCAAACUAGGGAUGAAAAGUUGAAGACUUUUUGGCCCUUUCUUUUUACAGCUUCUCCCUCGCAGGAUUUUUCGUAGUUUCUUCUUGAGCCAAUGCAUGUAUGAUAGCGGCCAGCGGCCUUGUGCUUUCUGAUCAUAGUCAUGUACUCCCUGUAAAUACAUUUUUCUAUUUUAUAUUUUUUUGUAUUUUUUUGGCAUUUUGUUUCAUUGGUGUGCUGUAUUUUCCAUGCCCUCAGUCCUUUAAGAAAAAAAAAGAAAAAAAAAAGCAACACAGUCCUGUC